UCUUGCCUGACGGGCCUCUCUUCUGAUUUCCCCAACUGGUGAGGAGGACGCUUCAACACAUCCAUUCUCACUUCAAGCAAUCGCCCACAAUUGAUUAAUACCGACGAUGGCCUCCAAUCCACCCCAGCCACCGUCGCACCUCAGCUCCGCGGCCUUCGCAGCACCCGCUUCCCCGCGUACUAUGCGAACGAUUCGGAAAAUCCAGUCUCUCCAGACGCUCUCGUCGAGCUCUUCAGGUUUGAGAUCCCAGGCUUUCAACCGGCCUACGGCGCGAAUUCCGCAAGGGUCGGGACUUGAGUCCUCAAGGCCCGGACAGAUCGGUUCGCUUCGUCGGGCGAGAUCUAGCAGCGCUACUGGACUACGUGAUGGAGCCCCCGCCCAGAAACAGAGUAGAUCGUUGAGAAGGUCUGGCUUUGGGGCGAGGAGGUCUGUCCUAGAAACUCUCCUGAGAGACGGACCGCCAAAUGGAAAUCUCUUGGAAGGACUGCAAGAGUUGCGAUAUCUCGUACUGUCUGCGAGGGUUGAUGCAGACACUGAUGGCAUGUCUCCGUAUCGGAUCUACCUAUGGCUCGCUCUUCUUGAUAUUCCUCCACUCCCAACAGACGAAUAUCUCUCCCUAGUUCACCGCGGACGUUCCCCGGCAUAUCAAAAGAUCUGCAAUGACACGUUCCGCACUCUAGCUACGGACAAUCUCUUCAAACGCCGGGUCACUGAAGCAAGUCUCAUCCGGCUGCUGAAUGCGGUCGCGUGGAAGAUCCACGAUACAAUAAACCCCCAACUUCCGAGCGUGGAUAAAUCGCCGCGUCGACGUUCGAAGCAAACCACUAUCAACCCCCCACCAAAGAUAGUCGAGGAGGAUGAGUUCGAUACUGCGGUCGUGUCGACAGGCAACACUCAGGAUAAGAGCGAACUCACAGAAUAUGUGCAAGGCAUGAAUGUAAUGUGCGCACCUUUCCUCUACGCAGCCCGCAGUGAAGUCGAAGCAUUUGCGCUCUUCCACCAUUUUGUCACGCACGAAUGCCCUGCCUAUGUCCGGAGCACCAUGGACGGGGUGCACAGAGGCGUCAGACUGGUUGAUCGCUGUCUUGAAAUUAUCGAGCCCAAAUUGGCUUCAUACCUCUUCUCAAAGGGCAUGCAUGCCGAGUUAUACGCGUUUCCGUCCGUACUGACGUUCUGCGCUUGCACGCCGCCUCUUCCCCAAGUACUUCAUUUGUGGGACUUUUUAUUCGCGUAUGGGCCUCAUUUGAAUAUCCUAUGCAUUGUCGCCCAGCUUAUCCGGAUGCGGGAUACGCUCCUUAAUAGCCCGAGUCCCAAUAAGAUCCUCCGGUCCUUCCCCCUGCUCGACGCGAAGGAGAUCAUAGCCUUGACCGUGCUGAUCGUUCGCAAGAUUCCCGACGAUCUCUACGUGGAGCUGGUCAAGCAUGCGAAAUGAGCUUGUUUCAGUUAUCAUGAAUCGAUUAACCAUCAGGCAGUACCGUUUCCGGUGUCUUCUUUUUCUCCAAUUACUUCCUUUUUUUAAUGUUUGCUUUCGGUUAUCUUCUUUAUUUUCUACCAAGAUUAUUCGAUUCGAACGAAACGGUACGAAGGGGAAUGGGGAAAAUGACCAUGAACGAGAUGGAAUUGAAUGGAAUGGAAUGUUCAAAAUUCAAGAUGAGACGAUAAGUAUGAUUAUUGAUUUUAAC